AUAAUUAAGUUAAUAACAAUUGAAUUUAGAACAAUUACCUAUCCCCUAUAUAUCUACAACACAUCACCACAAAUGCUCAACCCACAACUCUCUCUUCUUGUACUUUUUUUUCAGUCAAAAAAACACAACACAAACAAACCUUGUUCUAACGACUGCAUCCUCUGUAUAUCUCUUUUUCCUGUUUGUACAACCCAGAAGCAAGAAAGAACAAUGGAUAGAAGCUGCAUAGAUGAAAGCACAACUAGUGAUUCCAUAUCCAUUUCUCCAUCAAACAUUUCACCUUUGCCGACGCUUACCAAAUCUCCCAACUCUCUCUGCCGAGUGGCAAGUGGAACCAGCAUGAUUGUGGAUUCAGAAGCUGGGGUCGAAGCUGAAUCAAGAAAGCUCCCUUCUUCCAAGUACAAAGGCGUCGUUCCUCAACCCAACGGCCGAUGGGGUGCUCAGAUAUACGAGAAACACCAACGUGUCUGGCUUGGAACUUUCAAUGAAGAAGAUGAGGCUGCCAAAGCCUAUGACAUAGCUGCUCAAAGGUUUAGGGGUCGUGAUGCUGUGACUAACUUCAAACACCUCCAAGAAUCCGAGGAAGAUGAUAUCGAAAUUGCCUUCCUCAAUUCACAUUCCAAGGCUGAAAUUGUUGACAUGUUGCGUAAGCAUACUUACACUGAUGAGCUUGAGCAGAGCCGGAGAAGCUAUGGCUUCGAUGCGAACGGGAAACGUGUGGUCAGAAACGACGCUGGAUUUGGUUCCUUUGGUGUUGAGCUGAAAGCGCGUGAACAGCUUUUCGAAAAAGCUGUGACUCCAAGCGAUGUGGGGAAGUUAAAUCGACUUGUAAUACCUAAGCAGCAUGCGGAGAAGUACUUCCCUUUGCAAAGUGGAAGUGCUUCUUCGAAAGGAGUUCUUUUGAACUUCGAAGACGUCACUGGCAAAGUUUGGAGGUUUAGGUAUUCCUAUUGGAAUAGUAGCCAAAGUUAUGUCUUAACAAAAGGGUGGAGCCGCUUUGUUAAGGAGAAGAACCUUAAAGCCGGUGACAUUGUUAGCUUUCAGAGAUCAACGGGGCCGGAGAAGCAGCUUUACAUAGACUGGAAGGCAAGAAUCGGAUUGGGUUCCGGUUUGGAGAACCAAGUUGGGCCGGUCCAAAUGGUCAGGCUAUUUGGCGUCAACAUAUUUAAAAUACCUGGCAGUGAAAAUGAUGGUCUGGGUGGAUGUAAUGGGAAAAGGACUAGAGAAAUGGAGCUGUUGGAAUUAGAGUGUAGCAAGAAACAAAGGUUUUGUGGUGUUGUUACUUUCCCGAUGAUACCUCUAUGUUGAUUUGUUGACAACUAUGCUUCAUUCCAGAGACAAUGGGGCGAGAGAAAGUAUAAUUAGGUACGCAAAUAAAGUAACUUUUGUCUUAAAAAUUGUUGGCUAGCUAAUUGGUUACUGCGGCAUGAUUUGUCCAAUACAAAGAUGUAGUUUGGCCCUUCAUGACAUGUUACACUUUCUGCCUACCUAAAAAACAUGAUCUUAAUUUCAUUUGGUUGUGGAUGAAUGAAGAUUUGGGUAAAUAUCUUUUAAAUUCGAAAAGCAAUAGUUUUAUAUUUAUAAAUAAACCCUAUGAUUAAGAGUCUUAGUAUGUUAGGGGCCGAGUAGAUAUUGAUGAUAAAGGUUGGUGGAAAGUAGAAUUGUUGUAAGGAAUCUAUGAAUAUGCAUGCUGCAAAUCAACAAUUAGGUCUUGCACCAUAAAGUUUACGAGAGAAUUUAGUGGUAGAGAUUUGAAAUCUUUCCUUGUUUCCUCUUUUUCCCAAUUAAUUGUUUGUGGUAGUGCUGAUCAGGGAUUUAAUCUUCGAUUUAGAUUUUGUUACAUAGUUUUAAGAAAAAUGCUUUCUUGCCAUCAUCAAACCACUUGAAAAGGAAAACUACAUGUUCUUAAUCUGGAGACUACUGAACGUGAUCAAGUCUGGUGGAGGUGAUAUACUUAAACAAAUCCAAUUUUGGAAUCGUUUGACUGAUAAAGCUCUCCUAAUAGACACAUAAUAGUGUUGAUUACUUUUCUAGUUUCUAAUUAUAUACACAAGUAAGUUCUUAUUUGACAAAUGGUUCAUUUAUAGUAGAAUAAUGCAAACAUGCUAUAUUAUAUAUACGUACUGCAUAAUUACAUACUUUUGACAUUGUUUUUUUGCUACCGAAAAAUGUCAAAACCCAUGGGAUUCAUAUCAACGUGCGUAAUUGCAGUCAAAGCUGGUAUUUUCAAAUGAAAUUCAUAACACAGUACUUAAUCACUAAUAACUCAGAAAUCCACAUGAGAUCAUUGACAAUUUUUUUCCCCUUAAUUACUUGACAAGUUCAGGGUGGAAACACAUAAGAAUUUAAAAGCAUACAAAGAUUGAUUCCAAGGACUUUUUUUUUUUUUUGUCCGUAUAAGAAUUUUCCAUGAAUGUUCCUCCUAAGUUCCAAAUAAAUUGUUGCACAUGAUUUUUGGUUUCUCUCUUUCUUUGAAAUUCAUUAACCUCAAGUUUAGUUCUAAGUA